GCCACUCCCAGGCAGACCGGCGAGGUCACGAUCCAACCAGCCGCAAAUCUCCCCAGACACUCGACCACCGCGCCCCGCCCGCCGGCCGCCGCCGCCGCCGCCUCGAUCCCACGCCCCACCGGCUCGGGACGCCCCCGCCACUCACGCGUCGCCGCAAUCGCCGUCCCCGCUCUUCCUCGUCGGGACACCGCGUUCCCCGUCCGCAGUCUCUGACCGCCUCUGCCGCGCGGAUCGCUGGUCCACGGGCGGGAUGGACAAGCUGGUGCAGUUCGGGAAGAAGGCAUGGUUCGUGGUGCGGGUCAUGUCCGGCUACGAGGAGAGGAGGAUCCGGUCCUACAGGCUGCAGCUGCAGCAGCGCCUCCAGCAGGCUCAGGCUAAGAAGAAGGAGAUUGAGAAACAACCAGAGCAAGUUAUUCUGUCAGAGGUUCGUCAAGUGGUUCAGCAGAUGCAAGCUCUCAAUCAGCACCUCGAAGAAGCUGAAACUGCCAUAGAUGAGUAUUUCAAACCGAUCGACAAGAAUGCUCAGAUCUUAACAGACAUGCAAAUGGAGAAAGAAGAGAGGCAAAUGAAGGAGAUGCUCCAAGUAAUGCGAGGCCAAAUACAAAUGCAAAGAGAAAUCGAGACGAUGAAAGCCGAGGCCAGUGCCGUGGAGCCUGUCGACACCCAAGCGAGUGCAACAACGGCUGAGAUUCCUCCGAAACAAGAAAACACUAAAUAGAUACUGUCCGCUGUUACGUUUUCCAUAAGCUAGUUAUUAUGUGCGCAUGGAUGGACUCUUUACAUGGGCUCUUGCUGGGCUAGGUAAUAAGUAGGGAUCUACGGCAACACAACUGCCAAUUUUGUACCUCGGGUGGUAUUCUUUUUCGCUGGGCAGAGUUUCUCGUCUUCCUGACCCGUGUUGUUUCCUGUUCGAGACGGUAAAUCAUGGAAGCUUUGUGCAAUUUGAUGUGGGCUGUGAGUUGUGGAAACUGCACCGUGUGCGUAACCAAAAUUUGAGUCCUGUCCUAAGUAGGAAGCACAAUUUUAAGUACUUGGGAAGCUUUAUGUUUGUGUGUUUCGCGGA